AUGCAGACUGCUUCUACAAACAUUUGUGAAAGUCUGUGCAAUAAGUCCAUCCGUGAAAUUUCCUUGCUACUAAAUAUUCCACAGUCAACUGUUAGUGGUAUUAUAACAAAGUGGAAGCAACUGGGAACAACUGCAACUCAGCCAUGAAGUGAUAGGCUACGUAAAAUGACAGAGCAAGGUCAGCACAUGCUGAAGCGCACAGUGUGCAGAAAUCGCCAACUGUCUGCAGAGUCAAUAGCUAAAGUCCUCCAAACUGUGGCCUUCCAAUUAGCUCAACGGUGCAGAGAGAGCUUCAUGGAAUGGGUUUCCAUUGCUGAGCAGCUGCAUCCAAGCCUUACAUCACUAACUGCAAGGCAAAGCAUUGGAUGCAGUGGUGUAUAGCAUGCCACCACUGGACUCUAG